AUGACCAAGACUUUACCAACAUCGAUAGUGCGCCUACCUAAUAUUGUGCUACAACGGCAGCCCACGAUGGGGGCCGGAACGAUGAUGGGAUGUGCUGGAUCGCAGCAGGCUCAAAAAGAUCUGAUUACGGCUCGGUGCCCGCCGUCAAAUGAGAUCGAUAGUAUCUGGCAGUCUGGCGAACCAACAAUUCAUGGUCAAGGGACUGCCGUCCUCGAGCUUUUCAAAAGUCCUACAGAUGUGACAUGGGCAGGCGAUGGUUGUCGCUCCACUUUCAUGCUUGGCGCUACUACCAUGGGACUGGCAGGACUCCAGUCGCUCCGCGCACCAAUCUGA